AUGGAACCUGAUGACGACGGAGCAGAUGUCCAGGUCAGGGUGCUUCAACAUACGCUGCAAGAAGUAGCCUUUGGAAGCGCAUCCAAUGGAAACGACCAAGUUGAUUGUUGCGUCAUCUGUUUAGAUGCUAUAACAGAAGCCUGCGAGGCUCGCCCAUGUCAGCAUGGCAACUUUGAUUUUGUUUGCCUGAUCAACUGGCUUGAGCAACAGCCCAAAUGCCCAUUAUGUAAAUCUGCGGUCACGGAAGUUCGCUACAAAUUUGAGGAGCCAGACCGGGGUAGGUGGAGGACAUAUAAAAUCUGUGCGACCGCCAGUUCAGAUUCUACGGCGGCAAGUCGCGGCACAUUACUGCCGCCGAGGAGGAGCUGGCCCUCUCGCAGACAACAGCGAGAGGCACAUACUUUUACUCAAGACGAGGCAAUCAUACGCCGCCGGCAAAUUUAUCGUCAUGGACUGUACUCGAUGCAUGUUGGGACAAACCGAAACACCAGAUAUCGAGAGCUCACACCUCAGCUCUUUGAACAAGAUCCAGAUCUUGUGUCGCGGACACGAAUGUGGUUGAGGCGGGAGCUCAAGGUUUUUGAAUUCCUACACACCCCGACUGACGCUCAGGACAGCGAUGACAUCAUGACCCAGAGGCGCGCGAACAAUGCUGAAUUCCUGCUCGAGUACAUUAUAGCCAUCUUGAAAACCGUCGACAUGCAAGGCAGCCAAGGCCAGGCGGAAGACAUGUUGCAGGAGUUCUUGGGCCGGGAACACACUCGACUAUUGCUGCACGAGCUAAAAAGCUUUCUCAGAAGCCCAUCCAUAUCCUUGCAGGCAUGGGAUCGGACUGUUCAAUACCCAAGUGUCUCCUCUAUAAAGCGGCGCAGUAAUUCUCCUGGAACAAGAACCCGAUCCGACUUGGAUUCCUGGUCGUCAGAGGUCCGUGGUGGAGACUUUUAUCGACCCAGGUACUCGGGGACGGAUCGGCAUGUAGGGUCUGCGCGGGGCCCGAGACCAGGUCCGGUUCAUUAG